CCUCCGUCAAUGAACAAUAUCCAGAUGGAAGAGUACCAGGGUCCCUUGAUCCCCCUGCAAUCCAUACCAUCAGAUAUUGAAGCCCAGCUAGCCGGCAUUGUGCGAAAUGUCACUUGGCAUUUCGCAGGUCAAGCCCACACCUACGUGGCGGACUUUGAUGUUGUGGAUACAGACCGUUUCGAUGUCUUGAUAAGUCAGUUUACUCUCAACACGUAUCAAUUCCUUCCCCGGGUCUCGACUCCACGGACGGAACCGCGAGAUCUCGAUUCGACGGCUUGAACUCUCAAGCAUAUAUUAGUUACCCA